AUGGAGACUUUUGGCCUGAGGAGAACACAGUCCCUUAGGAGCCUCUCUUGGGUUCAGGAGAAGUCAUGGGAUAAACCAACGCCGACCCGAUGGAACAGACAGUCUGUUUCACAGCUAGUGCAUCAUUACCAAAGCUGUGGUGACCUAAGGAGCAAGGAAAAUGUGGCACAUAAAUUACAGACAUCAGAUAGAUUUUUAGAAGGAUGGAAAGGACCAGAUAAGAAAGACUACAUGGCCGUUGGGACAGCGUUAAGGAGCGUGAGAUUGGCAAGAAGUCGCUCCAUGGACAGUCUUCCUCAGAGGGAGCCUAAAUCCAUCAACGCUCUCUGUGCAUUGUUCGAGUCCAAGGCAAAGCAACAGAACUCCAGCAGCUCAUCGGUGUCAGCAAGAAAUGUCAAGAGAGAAGACACAACAAAACACAACAGCAACGCUCAGAGGCUGACCCAAUCAGACGGAGGAAGGACUACAAAUGGCCGCACAGAACCUUACAACAAAGUUUCCAGAUGCUCAUACGAAGACCAACAUAGUCUAUUUCCGUCGCUGACCAAGAGGGACAUCCUUACAACACAAGCCAGCAAUAGGAUAUCAACUUGCUCUUCUGUUAGAGAGAGGUCAGCGCUCUAUCUGUCAAGAGGAGCAUCCAUUGACUCCAUUGGAGUUUCAACACAACCAAGAGUGAUUGGUACAUCAGGGACGAGGAUUAAAAGCAGCAAGAUGGCUGAGACAUCCAGGAAAGUCACAGUUUCUGAUUCAUGUCAUGAUGAAGAUCUUCCUCUACCACCCCCACCUCCUCCUGUGCUGGCAAGGCCCCUUGACUCUGAAGGGUCAUUAAGUAGCCUUCCUGUACCCCCGCCUAAAGAAACAUUUUCCACAUACUACCAGCAAAGGCAGAGGAGUGAACUGAAGAGACUCUUUAAACACAUCCACCCCGACAUCAGAUAUCUUGGUAACGCUGUGGAUGAUGACAUAAUAAAAGCAGUGCAGACAGAUGACACUGAUGCGGCUGAUGUGGCAUACCUGGGGGAAGUACAGUCAAUGAAGUGGAUCUUUGAAAACUGGAAUCUAGAUAGCAUUGGGGAUCCUCAUGCAACCAAGAAGUUGUUGGAUGAAGAGGACCUAACGGGUGGAAAUGUCAGAGGCACUUCCUCCAUGUUCGAGCAAUGUGAUAAAAAACAGCCAAUCUCCCAGACAUUUGCUAAAAGACAGUCCUCAGUCAGAGGGGAUGUAAGAACAUCUGCCUGGCUGUUUGAAACCCAACCCUUAGAUUCCCUGAACAAAAAAGAAGAACUAGUUGAAGCAAUAUUGAAAGAGCCUAUCCAGCCAGGAGAUGUAAGUAAGACACGCCUACUGUUUGAAACCAAACCACCAAGUGACCUUGGACGCUGUAACUCCAUAGAGGACAAUAACUUCUUGAAACUAAUGUCUGAGCUCCAGGAACAAAAAGGAGCUGUCCAAAAGACUGUAAAACUCUUUCAGGCGGAACGUAACUGUGCCAUUAGAGACGAAAGUGGCAACAUCCAUACAAUUAAAUCCAUCUGCAGGGAGGAAAUCAACAGUGGCAUCACGAACAGUGUUCGUUGGUUAUUUGAAACCCAGCCUUUGGACCUGAUUAACAAGGGAAGCGAUGGUGUGAAAAUUAUUCAGGGCAUAUCUCUAGAGGAGGCACACAGAGGUGGAGUGGACAAAAAGAGGUGGAUGUUUGAAACCCAGUCUUUUGACACCAUACAAGAGGUUGUGGGAGAGGAGAAUUUCAAGGACACAUUGGCUGACUGUAUAAGAGAGUCUGAUGUCUCCAACAAGAAAAAGCUCUUUGAGAUGAAACCGCUGACAACACCGGGUGGAAAAACUGAUAAGAUGUUGGUAAAGGAUGAAAUAAUUGGAGGAGAUGUCAAGACAUCUUUAUGGCUGUUUGAAACUCAACCCAUGGAGACGCUCAAGGAUAACUAUGAAGUUGGGUGUUUGAAAAAAAUCACUCUUACAGCUGACGAGCAAGGAGCAAUAAAAGACAAAAAGAAAAUAUUUGAGUGCGGCGGCACUGAAAAUCAUUCCUCAAGAAAACAACCAGUGACUGAAAGGGGUAACGUCAUGGGUUUCAAGCAACUGUUUGAAACAAUUCCGCUCAGUAAAAUUGCCCAUUGUGACGAUGAGAAUAAUACAUCAGGAAAUCAAAGCUCUGAGGACACACCUGUGUAUGCUUUGAAAGACAGCUCGGGAAAUUUCCACAAGUUGACAAAUCUCAGCCGUGAGGAAUUCAUCAAGGGGAAGGUCCAAAACUACAAAUGGAUGUUUGAGACGAAGCCUCUACAUGAACUUGCAGAAGGAAAGGAAAAUUUUGAGGAAAUCAAAGGCAUUACCAGAGAGGAGGACAGAAUGGGUGAUGUCAAGUUGGCAAAAUGGCUUUUUGAAACCCAGACAAUAAAUGGAAUCCAUUGCAAGUUCAACCAGCCAAGCCAUUCUGUUGAAACUGAAACAUGUAAAGGUGAUGUCAAGAUAUGCAAAUGGUUAUUUGAAACCCAACCAAUGGAUGUUUUAUAUGACAAAUCAGAUAAAGUGAGUGAAAAAGAGACCAUUGAGAACAAUAGUGUUAAGUCGAUUACAUGGCUUUUCGAAUCACAGCCAUUAGACAGCAUAAAAGAUGGCGAGGAGUACAAUUUAAAUCUCUCCACAACCACGCAAGAUGCAGUAAAAUCCAAGAUAGGGGUCCAAACAGUCAAACAUCUUUUUGAAACAGAGAUUCUCGAUAGUACGAGAAGUGAUCAGACCGAACAAGAUUUAAGAUGUGUCAGCAACGUGAACUUUCAGUCAGGAGAUGUCUCAAGGGUCAAAGAGCUUUUUGAAACCCAGUCACUUGAUGAAAUAGGAUCAGAAAUGGUGACGCCAAGUACUGAAUACAGCGACGAGCACAUCCAGAGAGGAUCUGUACACAAAUUCACUUGGUUGUUUGAAAACUGCCCCAUGAACACGAUCAACAAAGACAAUGAUAUUGAGACAUUUCAGGAAAUUGAUGAAGUUGUGAGCGGGAAUGUAAAAAACAAAAGGUUUAUAUUUGAAACCUCAUCAGUGGACAAAAUCCAGGAGCAACCUCUUGAACCGAAGUCAGUCGACGUGGAACUGCUGGAGAGUGAUGUUGAUGUGAAGUCCAGCACCAUGAUGUUUGAGUCCCUACCACUGUAUGCCAUUCGGGAUAAAGAGGGACAAUUUCAUGAGGUGACAACUUUGAAAAAGGAUGAAAUCUUAAGUGGUGAUGUGAGAGCAGCCAGAUGGAUGUUUGAGACUAAGCCCCUUGAGGCCAUCAGAGCAGAUAAUGAAGUUUAUGUGAUCCGGGCUGUCACCCAAGAGGAUGUUGAAAAAGGAGAUGUCAAAUCUGCAAGAUGGAAGUUUGAGACACAACCAUUGGACUCCCUAACCAGCAGAGAUAAACCUUCUGUUAAGGUCACUGAAGACUUUGGAAACAGCAAUGUACAGUUAAAUAAAAAGAUAUUUGAAUCUGAAUCAAACAAUAAGUUUGUAAGAAUGGUUAGUGUCACUGACAUUCAGUGUGGAGAUGUGAGGACCUCCACAUGGCUCUUUGAGAAUCAAACCAUUGACAGUCUCAGUGGAGAACCUCAAGACCAAGGUCCAGUCAAAACAGUCCAUAGAGAGGACACCCAGAAAGGAGAGGUGAAGCGUUGCACUUGGCUGUUUGAAUCACAGCCACUGGACAAAAUUAAGGAGCCAGAAGAAGCAUCUACACAUGAUUCAGAGGAAAAUGUCCCAAAAGCUGAUGUGAAGUGCACAACCUGGCUUUUUGAGACAACUCCACUGGACAAAAUAACCCUCACAAGUGUAAAUGACACUAUGUCAUUCUUAAGUGAAUUAAAUUUAGUAACCUCAAGUGGCAUUCUAAUUGAAGAAAAAGAAGGUAACAAUGUUACCAUGGCAAAAUUCAGUGUAGGACAUUCUCAAAAAGUCCAAAUUCAGAAACAAGAGGUUGUUAAGGGAAACCUUCGAAACAUCAUUUUACAGCUCUUGCUCAAACCACGCAGCCCAGAAGUUACUCUUCUCAGAGAAGUGGAAAAAGGAAAAGUGAAUACCACCGCGGUCCAACUUCCAGUCUAUCAGUCAUCUGCGACUACGAGCAUUGAUCGGGACCAAAUACUACAAAACAUUGUUCAUAUGAUUGAUGAGCUAUUUUGCCAAGAUAAAAACGUCAAGAAAGGAAUCCUAAUGCAAGAGACUGCCAGUGGACAAGCGGAUAUAUCUGUCUAUUCACUAAUCAGCAAUAGCGAACCCGACACUCAGAGUCAUGUUAUUGAAAAAGGUGAUGUGAAGUCUGCCAUUGGAAAUCUAUUAGCUAAUGCAAGCAGUUCAAGAACAGUGACGACAUACAAAAUCAAUGAAAAUGAAAAGGGGAAUGUAAACUUGUACACAAAUUGCAUCGAAAACGGAGAUCUGCAUUUUCUGAAAAGCCUUCAUUCGGAGACAUCAGAAGAUGAUGUUGAGCACAACACUCUGGGUAAGGAACAAACUGAAAUUGUGCAGGGGGAUGUGAGAGAGGCAAAGAGAAGUCUCUACCAGCAAAAGGAAGCGGUGGAACGAACCAUUGUGGAUGUUCUCCCAGGGGAUGUGAAGAACACCAAAAAGUUAUUUUCGUCAGAGUGCUCGUUCAUCGCAGAAAAUAGCGUUCCGCGGGAUGAAAUAAUUCCUGGGGAUGUUUCAACUGCAAAGCAGCAACUUGCAAUAAUUCAAACUGCUGUGGUAGAAAAAGAAGACAUUGUAGCUGGAGACAUCAAGGCUUCAAUGCAAUCAUUGGAACGUGCGAAACAACAGAGUAUGAGUAUAGGACGAGAGAGCUUUACACCUGGAAAUAUUUAUGAUAUGGACUUGUCGUUUAAGUGUCCUGAACCGGAAGGAAGACCAGUGCAUAAAGAGGCGAUUAUAUCUGGAGAUGUGAAGGCAGCUAAAAAGUCCCUACAACUGGCCAAGCAACAAAGAACGCAUGUAGAGCGGGAUAUCAUUACACCCGGAAAACUAUUCAACCUGGAGGUCUCUGCGCAAGAAGGAAGCUCAACAGUGGUUGUGCAGUCGUCCAGAAGUCAGCAAAUCAAGACAUGUCCAAAGGUCAGUGAUGUGGUCAAAAUUUUGGAAAACCAUGUUUCCUUAGACAUUUGCCAACAGGGAGACAUAUCCCAUAGUGCAGUUCAUACAGAUUGUAGUGCACCAGACUUGCCUUUUGUAAGUUAUGAAUGUAAUGAUUUGACAACAGAAGAUGAGCCGGAAGAGGUUAUUGAAGGAGAUAUUAAGUCAGCAAUUAGAUCUCUGCAGAGUCCAGCAUUGGAGCAGAGGCUCACAGAUAAAGAAGACAUAAUAAGAGGUAACAUCCAACAAGCAUUGCAAUCGCUUGAGAAAUCUAAUGUAAAUAUCUCCAAAGGAGACUUUAAAUCAGCAAUGUUAUACAGGAAUUCAGGGAGAGCUGCUUCAGAGAAGAGCAAGGCUGUUCAAAAGCAGAGUGUUGCGGUGCCUAUGCCUCCAUUUGACACAAAAUUGUUUCCUUCAAUUUCAGUAACGUGUGAAGGCCAAUCAUCGAUCACAGCCAAGAACCCAACAUACUGCCCUGUAGAAAAUGGAAGCCCUAAAUCAUCCACCUCCGAGGUUGUAACUUCUCCACCGUGCCUGGCAACGAGACCAAAGAACCUGAAGUCAGCUUUGCAAGCAAAGCCAGAAUGGACUAAACCAACAGUCAUAGACAAUCCAAAUGUGCCGCAUUCAAAUAAAAGCAAUCCACUUCCCCCCAAAAAUGCUACAGAUUACUCACAACCUCCCAAUGAAAAUGUAAUUGUAGAGACACCACACACAUCUUUACCGAAUGAUGAGAGCUAUGCCAAAAAGAAAAUCAAUGUAACGGAGGAAAUACAACUGUUCAUGAAUGAUUUUGAGGACAAUGCAAAGCAUGAAAGCAACUUAAGCUUACAGGCUGCUUUGAAUGGCUUAGAAAGAACAGGCAGUGAGACCUUGACAAAAAAUGUCAAUAGGCCAAAAAUUAUCGACAAAAGUGAGUUGAAGAAAUCAAUCAAAAAUGCGACCGUCACUCAAAAUUGCAGACCAAGCAUCUCACCUCGUAGAAAACAACUCUGUGAGAAUGAUGUGUCAGAGAGUAAAGUUGUUUUAAGAAACAAGAAAGUCUGUGAGACAGAGACAGAACGACGACAGAGGCUUUCCGUGCACAUGGAUGAGAUCGUGAAGGGAAAUGUGAAGGCGGCCACAGAAAUAUUUGAAAACAUGAAAAAACGAGAAGAACUCAAAGGAAUCUUGUCUCAAGUGCAAGAGAUUGAAGGAGAAAACAGCAAUGUAGGUGUUAGCUCAUUGAAGACAUUUUGUAAUAAUGUCCCUGGUUGGAUGGUCACAGAAAGUGAAGAUUCAAAGCAAAGUGAAGUUGAAAACAAAGACGAUGAUCUAGAAAGUGUUUCUUCAGUUGAAAUGGUAUAUGAAGAUUUGGAAAAUGCAAGCAGGGUAAUAAUGAAUCUGAAGGAACAAACAUUAGCGAAGCUUCUUGACAUUGAGGAAGCCAUUAAAAAAGCGCUGUAUUCCGUCUCCAACUUAAAAUCUGAGGCAGACAUUGCAGGGUUGUCAGGACUUUUUGAUGAAUCCUUAAAAUCAGAACAACCUGUUCAACAAGCGAAAAACAUUAGGAAAAUCAGCAUUGUGUCAAGCAAGGCCAAAUCAGGUCAAGGAAAAGACACAAAAAAUACACCCACUGAUUCAAGUAAUCCCAAGCAAGAAACAGCCAGGCAAGCAAACAGGGCUAUUAGAUUGUCAUCUCCCCAGUCGUCACCAUCUUUUAUAUCCAUUCAUUCGGCAGCCAGAAAACCCAUUGAACAAUUAAAGCCCCCCAUGUCGACAUUCAAACCAUUGACAGAAAUGAAUGGGCGAGACAAUCCCACUCAAGAGUGUGGUCACAAGCCAGCAAACUGCAAGAUCAGUGUGCUAGAAGUGCAAACAGUUCCUGAAGAACCUGCAGAUAUAAUUGGCACAAAGACUGUCAGUGAAACGUACAAAGAGACAGAUGGUUUUGGCAAUGUUUUUGUAUCUUCUGUGACGUCGACGUCAUCAGCUGCUAUAUUUGAGGUGGUAGGGGGCCCAAGCAGAUACGAAGUCGUGACAUCACCAAUACUACAAAGCCCUUCUGAGGCCAUUAGUAACACCAAUGAGAAAGGGAAAACAUUUAGCCAACAAAAGGAGGAUCAGUAG